CAACAAGUCUCUUAAACUUGCCAAGGUGUGCAGAGAGGUCGCGAGCUCAGCUUUUUUCCUUUUUUUUUUUUUUUUUUUUGGGAGGAGGAGGCAAACGGCUCCAGCACCUAGAGCACCCAGGGACGCUGGGCAAUCGUCAAAAUGUCACAAACAGUCGGCCUGACCCGGCUCGCCUACUCGCGCGCAUGGCACCACAUCUCAGCCUCGGCGCCUCACCAAGCCCUCAGCACCAUCAAGUCGCCGCCCGAGGCCGUGACGCCGCCUUCGCUGGGCCGCUUAGCCUCGCGCAUUGCCACGAUCCUGAUGGGCAAGCACAAGCCGAUCUGGGACCCUUCGACCGACUGCGGUGACUACGUGGUCGUGACCAACUGCGCGGCCCUGUACACGACGGGCAUGAAGAAGUACCGCAAGACCUACUACCGCCACAACACGCGGCCCGGCUCGCUCAAGUCGGUCACCAUGGACGUCCUGAUGGACAAGUUUGGCGGCUCCGAGGUCCUGAGGAAGGCCGUCAGCGGCAUGCUGCCCAAGAACAGGCUCAGGGACAAGAGGUUGGCCAGGCUCAAGGCGUUUGAGGGCGAGGCCCACCCGUACAAGAGGAACAUAGUGAGGUUUGGUGACAAGGCCGUCGGCAGGCCCGGGUGGGAGGAGGCUGUCAAGGCCAUUCGCGCUGCCGAUAUGAACAGGUUAUAAGAGGCUCGGUUGGGUUCGGAGGCCUGGCUGACCGGAUGAAGAUAAGACACCAAGGCUUGACAUAUGGUAACAACCGUUGAGCCGGAUAUGUAUCAUACCUUGUUUUUUUUACUUGCCAUAAACUGUAUUUUAUCUACGAAAUAUUGAGGUCUACAUGGUGUGCGGUUUCCGAAACGGUAACUGACGGCAACAAGCG